GCUAUUCGAGUUGAGCAUUUGUACUGCUAGUGCAUCACUACAUUAACAGGCUUGCUCAAAUAGUAACUCAAUUUGUUCACUGAAAAGUGGCCUCACUAUCACAACGGAACAACUUUCUCCUUCUGUUGCUGCCCACAGACUUUUGGGCAGUCUUGGGCAGAACGACGGCCUCAUGCCCCAAAUCAAGAUAUUCACAGGGUCAUCGCAUCCAGAGUUGACGGCACUGGUGCUUGAACGAAUGGGUCUUCCUCCAUCGCCAGCCAUUCUCAAGCGCUUUUCUAAUGCAGAAACGUCCGUUGAACUUGGGGUUUCUGUGCGAGAUUCGGAUGUUUUCAUCAUUCAAUCAGGCUCAUCAGCAAUCAAUGAUCAUCUUAUGGAACUUCUUAUUAUGAUCAGUGCCUGCAAGACUGCCAGUGCGCGUCGCAUUACUGCCGUUCUCCCUUAUUUCCCCUACAACAAGCAGUCCAAGAAGAAAAAGGCUCGUGCAGCUAUUACCGCAAAACUAGUUGCAAAUAUGCUGCAUGUUGCUGGCGUGGAUCAUAUUAUUACCAUGGAUCUGCAUUCCAACCAAAUUCAAGGAUUUUUUUCCAAGCCUGUAGACAACCUGUUGGCUGAGCCUGCAAUUGCUCGAUACAUGAAGGAUCGAUUUGAAAGUAUGUUUUCCCGUGGUGUUGUGAUUUCCAAGAACGCUGGUGGUGCUAAACGUGUCACAUCUUUGGCUGAUCGCCUUAAAAUUGACUUUGCUAUGAUCCAUCGCGAGCGAUACCACAUCAAAGGAGAUUCAUCUGCUGAUCAGACUGAAACACGACUGACUCUUGUCGGCAAUGUCAAGGGCAAAAUUUGCUUCAUGGUGGACGAUAUUGUUGACGGAACCCAUUCGUUUUUGGACUCGUGUGAGCAUUUAAAAAAAUGCGAGGCCGAAAAGGUUUAUAUUAUUGCUACUCAUGGUAUUCUUUCUGGCGAUGCACUAAAGGAGAUUGAAGAAUGCAGUGCUGUUGACGAGGCAAGUGUUAUUAUUACAAACACGUAUCCAAUGGACGAGGCAAAGCGUCGCACUUCAACCAAACUAUCCAUUAUUGACAUAUCUGGUGUAUUUGCUGAAGCCAUUCGCCGCACUCAUAAUGGAGAAUCCAUCUCUUAUCUCUUCCAUACUGCAAUUUGAUGUCUUGUGAAAAAUAAAGACGUGUUGAGGU